AUGCCGUGCAGUGCACAGGAAAUACAAUCAGACGUGUUGGGGUGGGACAGCACCCCACCUGCAACUUAUUUGACGGGACCUCAGGGACCUCAAAUAAGUCGCAGGUGGGACAGCAUCCCACCUGCAACUAGGUUUCACCUGAUAAAUCGCAAGUGUGAGAACACCAGACCCAAAGUUCCCCAGAAUACACACUCCCGAACCCAAAGUUCCCCAGAAUCCACACUCCCAAACCCAAAGUUCCCCAGAAUCCACACUCCCGAACCCAAAGUUCCCCGGAAUCCACACUCCCGAAACCAAAGUUCCGCAGAAUCCACACUCCCGAACCCAAAGUUCCCCAGAAUCCACACUCCCGAACCCAAAGUUCCCCGGAAUCCACACUCCCGAACCCAAAGUUCCCCGGAAUCCACACUCCCGAACCCGAAGUUCCCCAGAAUCCACACUCCCGAACCCAAAGUUCCCCGGAAUCCACACUCCCGAACCCAAAGUUCCCCAGAAUCCACACUCCCGAACCCAAAGUUCCCCGGAAUCCACACUCCCGAACCCAAAGUUCCCCGGAAUCCACACUCCCGAACCCGAAGUUCCCCGGAAUCCACACUCCCGAACCCAAAGUUCCCCGGAAUCCACACUCCCAAACCCAAAGUUCCCCGGAAUCAACACUCCCGAACUAAAAGUUCCCCAGAAUCCACACUCCUGAACCCAAAGUUCCCCAGAAUACACACUCCCGAACACAAAGUUUCCCAGAAUCCACAGGUGGACUGCCUACGUGACCGCGAACCGCCUAUUCGUCCCCCUGACCGCCUAUGUGACCACGAACGGCCUAUUCAUCCCCCUGACCGCCUAUGUGACCACGAACUGCCUAUUCGUCCCCCUGACCGCCUAUGUGACCACGAAAGGCCCACGCGUCCACCGCCAAUCUAG